AAACAAACAUUGAAUUGACUCAUGCAUGAAAUGACCGCUUUUAGUACAACUACUGUCUGUUUAGCGCAACAAAUCCAAUGGCUUAUGGUGUGAAUGAAGACACUGGAAGUGAUGCGAGUGAUGGCAGUUGUGACGGCUUUUCACACGAAACGCUUGUUAUCGGCUUUUAUUGCAUUGAUAUUAGUGUUCAUUGCUUUGACUUUUGUCACCUUUCAGUACAUGAAUGGCAACAUUGAGGACAAGUCGAUGGCCCCAGUCUUCGGGCACUCAAGAUCUCAGACGUGGGAUGUGUUUGAGAAGUCAUCUUCGAGUCGGAUCUCAAGAAUCCAAACCUAUUGCAAUCCAUUCACAUCCAUAGCUCUAAACGAGGAGCUCUUCAACAUAUCUGCUGUGAUCUCAGACCUCCGUCUGUCUCAGGUGUCUGUAGUUAUCCGACACGGAGACAGAGGACCACUGCGGGCCGUCAGAAACCUGUCGUCAAUCAGUUGCGAUCCAUUCAAUGCCUACAAAUGGACUCAUUUUCACAGUUUGUUUAAAUCGUAUUUCAUUGAAACCAAAGACAAACUCAAAUAUCUGUCCAAAACGUAUGCAAAGAGUCCCAAAUCGCGCUGUGAAUUGGGAGGACUCACCAAAUAUGGUUGUGUCCAACACUUGACUCUCGGCUCACUCUUGAGCCAAAUAUAUGGCAAUCAAUUGAACAUAAGCUCGAGUCAUGUGAAAGUCUACUCAACCCCUUAUACCCGCACCUAUCAAAGCGCUCUGGCAUUUGUCUACGGCUUCCUUAGACCUAAGUCUACCAUUGAUUUCAAUAAAUUCCCGCAUAUUAUCACUACUUUCGGCACAUAUUUCUGUAUGCCCUUCCAUGUAAUGACAAGAGAUGUGUUACCGUCGAUGACGUUAAAGAACUCGUUUCUUACAUUGAAUAUCAUGGAAAACAAUUAG